UAUCGACCAAAACGGCAAACGCAACCUUUAAUCGCGAAAGCAAGAAAUGAAAAUGUAGUAAAACGAUGAUGAGAGCAAAAUCUGCGAUCUUCUGCUAACUUGAACUCCACCGAUCAAGUCAGUCACCCGCUCGACAAAACCAGAUAAAGGAGACCCAAAAAGAUGGGUGAAUCACCAGAUUUCAUAAGCGAUCUACCUCAAAGUAUAAUUGAGAAUAUCCUUACUCGUCUUUCUAUUAGAGAUGCGAUAAGAACAAGUGUGUUGUCUAGCAAAUGGAGAUAUAAAUGGUCUACGGUCACUGAUCUUGUCUUUGAUGAGAAAUGUGUUUCUCCUUCUAAUGACCGUUGCGUUGUUGAGACCAAUCUUGUCAGAUUCGUAACUGGAGUGCUUCUCCUUCACCAAGGACCUAUCCAUAAGUUUCAGCUCUCUACUUCUUUCCUGCAAUGCCGUCCGGAUAUUGAUCAGUGGUUGCUUUUUCUUUCGAGGAAUGGGAUUAAGGAGCUUGUUCUUGAGUUAGGUGAAGGGGAAUUCAGGGUUCCUUCGUGUCUCUUUAGCUGUUUGAAACUGACCCGUUUGGAGUUAUGUCACUGCGAGUUCGAUCCACCUCGGUAUUUCAAAGGGUUUUCGUCUCUGAAGAGUUUGAACCUUCACCAAAUCCUUGUUGCUCCUGAGGUGAUUGAAAGUCUGAUCUCGGGAUGUCCGCUUCUGGAGUUCCUGUCUUUGUCUUACUUUGACAGUUUGGUUUUGAGUAUAUCAGCUCCGAAUCUCAUGUACUUGUAUCUAGAUGGUGAAUUCAAAGACAUUUUCCUUAGGAAUACUCCCAAGCUAGUUGCAAUAUCUGUUUCAAUGUACAUGCAUGAGGAUGUUACUGAUUUUGAGCAGAGUUCUGAUUAUAAUCUCGUUAAGUUCCUUGGAGGUGUGCCCCUUCUUGAGAAGCUCGUUGGUUAUAUCUACUUUACAAAGUACUUGAGCAUAGGAGAUGACCCGGGAAGGCUUCCAAUUACUUACAUUCAUCUUAAGACUAUAGAACUAUACCAAGUAAGUUUUGAAGAUGCUAACGAGGUACUAGUUCUUCUUCGUUUGGUGACUCACGCUCCCAACCUUAAAGAGCUCAAAAUCUCGGCUUCACCCAUCCAACUUUUUCCUCUUGAAGAAGAAGGUUUUGACCUUUUCGAAAGAGACUAUUUCGACUACCAACUCCCAAGACUUGAAACUGUAAAGAUGACGGAUGUUUCUGGCAUCAGAAAUGAGUUGGAAUUUAUCAGAUUCUUGCUGGGAACUUCUCCAGUUUUGGAGACAAUCGUAGUAUCAUCGAGUUUAAUAGACAAAGAUGCGAAAAUGGGUAUGGUUGUCGAACUGCUCAGGUAUCCGCGUGUUUCUCCUCGAGCCCAGUUCCUCUUCCUUCAAGAUUGAAUCAGACUCUCCUUCUCUCUCUCUUCCUAUAUGUUAAUCAUGUCAAACAUGUUUUCGUGAGAAUCUGUUGGCGAAAAAUAUAUGAUUGUGUGGAUAAAUGACAAAAACUGUUGGAUCCACAAGAGUAACUUCAAUGUAAUUUGAUCGAAUAUGGUAAAUAAAGUUUGUAAUAGUUUCGGAGACUUUGAUAUUA